AUGUGACUCUUUGCUUCCUAAUCUUUGUGCAACCUCCACAAUCUUUCUCCUCCUCUCUCAUAUUCUCACAUUUCAUCUCCACCUGUUCCCUUUCUCUUCCUGCCUUGUUCUUUCAUUUCUUCACCUGCUCUUGUCUUUUGACCUCAUAACCUGAUUUUCUCCCUCCAAUCGGUUUACCUACCUCCUCUCGCCAUGCUCCCUCUCCCUGUCUCUCCUUCUCUCUCUCUCUCCUUCCUCUCUAUUUCCAUCUUUGAGCUUUAUCCCUUCAUCCCUUAUCUCCUUCAUCCCCUCCAAUCCUCAUCUGUUCUUCACUGUGGAGGAAGGGAGAGAGAAAGAGAGAGUUUUUCACAAGUAAGCUGAUAGCAGUCUGCUGGGGGAGAGCAUCGGACGAGCCAGCGAGCAGGUAGAGCACCCUGGGAUUGUGGAAUCUAAAAAAGCUCAGAGGGGAACACAGAGCCGGAGGUGUCUGGGACCAGGAGCUGCUCAGAAGAAGAGAAGGGACCACAUCGUGUGUGGAAAAGAGUGACACUUUCAUUUUCCGUCAGUAACAUCCCCUAGCAACCGUCGCCAUGGCAGCUGAGAAAGCUGAAAUGGAUGCACUGAAAAAGGAGUGCGAUGGCCUCCGUGCACAGAUUGAGGCGGCCCGUAAGGCUGUGAAUGACAGCGACAUGGCGGCAGCCGCAGGGGGCGUGGCUGCGGUGGGCCGGGUCCAGCUGAAGCUCAGGAAGACGCUCAAGGGUCACCUGGCCAAAAUCUAUGCCAUGCAUUGGUCAGCUGACUCCAGGCAAAUGGUCAGUGCAUCACAGGAUGGCAAGCUUCUGGUCUGGGACACCUUCACAGGGAACAAGCUGGUUGCUGUCCCACUAAAGUCAGCCUGGGUGAUGAGCGUCGCCUUCGCCCCCUCUGGUAACCUGGUGGCCAGUGGUGGUCUGGACAACAUCUGCACAGUCUACAACAUCAAGGCCGCCAGCCCCAAGACCCUCAGGGAGCUGGAUGCACACACAGGCUACCUGUCUUGCUGCCGUUUCCUUAGCGACACUGAGAUCCUGACAGCCUCUGGUGACACCACCUGCUGCCUGUGGGACUUGGAGACUGGCAAGCAGAAGAUCAUCUUCACCAACCACAUUGGAGACUGCAUGUCGCUGGCCCUGUCCUCCGACAUGAACACCUUCAUCUCUGGAGCCUGCGACUCUCUGGCCAAGCUGUGGGACCUGAGGGAAGGGGCCUGCAAGCAGACCUUCAGCGGACACACCAGCGACAUCAACGCCAUCUCUUUCUUCCCCAGUGGAAACGCCAUCAUCACAGGCUCCGACGACUGCUCCUGCAAGAUGUACGACCUGCGCUCCGACCAGGAGGUGAUCAACUACCAGGACACCAGCCUGAACGCCGGCGUCACGUCCUUGGCUCUCUCCAGCUCAGGCCGCCUUAUCUUUGCCGGCUACGAUGACUUCAACUGCCACAUCUGGGACUCACUGAAGGGAGAGAAAGUUGGUGUGCUGUCCGGCCAUGACAACAGGGUGAGCUGCACCGGCGUCCCCGCAGACGGUAUGGGCGUCUGCACAGGAUCCUGGGACAGCUUCCUCAAACUCUGGAACUGAGGCAUCCCAGUGGAGGAAAACACCAGGAGAAGGAGAGGAGGAAGAAAAGGAGGAGGAGGAGAGGAAGAGGAGGAAAGGGGGAGGAGGAGAAGGGUUAAGACAGGAAAGAGAAGUGAGGUUGGAGGAGAUUCGGUGCAGAUGUUUUACAAACCUUCCUCUCUUUCUCUCUCCCUCUCUGCCUCUUCCUCAUUCAUGUAUGCAAAAUCUGAGAGGUUGCGAAUGAGUCACAUUGUAUAAAUGGCAUCAGGUAAACAGUGAACGAUGCAUCCCGCUGUACGUACAAGAGAGUUUUAUUAUGUCGAGACGAUGAUUUAAACACUGCAAAAAUAACACUAAAAAUAGCACAUUAUUCAAAAUGAUAACUGAGCACAAAAUAAGCUCUUAUUGAGAAUGUCAAUUAAACACAUCUAGAUUUUUGACAAUAACAAAGAAAGAGCACAUGAAUAUUGAAAAUAAGACUGUAGCAUUACAGAUUUAUUUUUAUUGUCUUCGAGAUCUUUGACCUGUAAAAGAGCCCUGCACUUAUUUAGCUGAAAGAUGGAUAUGUAAAUUUAUUUGUAUUUUAUAGUUUAACACAUUAGGAUGGAGAGUUGAUGUACAGUGUCUUUUUUUUUUCCUUUUUUUUUUUUUUUUUUGGCUGCACAUAUCCAGAGUAUAUGUGUAUGGUAGGGCCGCCAUCUUGGGUCCCCUGCUAACAACCAGCAGACUUUGAUCCAAGAUGGCUGCUGUUUCCCGUCUCACCGUGAAAAUCUGAUGAUGUACGCAGACAAACGAAGGUUGGAGGGUGGAGCCAGGCUGGCGGGCUGUGAGACUGGCUGCCGGGUGGCGGUCUGACCUGUGAAACACUCUGUAAACACCUGUAAACUUUAUGUUACUCCCCUGGGUUCAGCUGCAUUUUGUAGUACUUUUACACUUGUGCAGUUCCUCUGUAAAAAGACAAAAUGUUUGUUGAAAAUCUUUAUAAUAAACAUAGAAUUCUGCAUUA